AUGAACUUUGAGCUCUUUUUAACAAAUUUUGGGAUUUACCCUUGGUAUGAGUUGGGGAUGAAUGAAUACAAAGAAGGACGGACCUUCGAAGACUGGAUAAAGUCAAAAGAGAAUACCCAAGGUUGUUACAAAAACUUUAUUGAAAGUUCGUUUUUCGAUGAUUCGUCUGAAUGCCACGACAAAUUUACGAAUAUUCAUGGAAAACUCUUGAAGAAGAACGAGCAUCUCAGGUUUGUAAGGAGAAUGAGAAAAUUAAAAUAUCCUGAAAGUAGUAUUGAGGGCGAAUCAACCAGGAUAUUGAUGAUAUAUUGGAGUAUUCAUUCGGAAGAACUGUUGUUAAAUGACUACAAUAAAUUAUCAUUUGAUUCAGAAGAUCACUCUAAAAAUGAGGCAUCUAGUUUAAAUACCGAACAAAUUCAUCUUUUUGAAGAUUCUUUUGAAAUUAUAGAAACUAUAUUAAAAUUUCAAAACCUUUCUGGUGGAUUUGGGGGAAAUUUUAGUCAUAUACCUAACUUAGUUUCUACCUAUUUAGCAGUUUCAUCAAUAAUUAUAACAGGAGAUACUGAAGCUUUGCUUAAGAUAGAUAGAUUAAAAAUGUAUCAGUUUUUCAAACAAUUAAGAGACUUCGAGACUGGUGGUUUCAAAGUUCAAUUGGAUGGGGAAGUUGAUGUGAGAGCGUUUUACUGUGUUUCUGCUGUGGCAAGUAUGCUGCAAAUUGUUACUGAAGAAUUAUUUGAUGGUAUUGAGGAAUAUAUACUAAGUUGCAGCGGAUUUGAUGGAGGUUAUUCCGGGGAUUUUGGUGGUGAGUCACACGGGGGAUAUACAUAUUGUGUUGUUUCUGGGCUUUGUAUUUUAGGAAAGUCAUCUAUAGUAGAUGUGGAUUCAUUAUUAUACUGGGUAGUACAAAGGCAAUCCGGGAUUGAAGGGGGAUUUCAAGGUAGAACGAAUAAACUUGUAGAUUCUUGUUACAGUUUUUGGUUUACAGGUUUAUUGUUUUGUAUUGGUGAAAUUUUGAGAAUUAGAGGACCUAAUUCUGAAUCCUGUAUCCAAAGCUUUUUUUGCGAUUUCCAAGCAUUGAUAUCGUAUAUAUUAAUUUGUUGCCAAUCUUCUGAAGGCGGUUUAAUUGACAAACCAAAAAAACCAAGGGACUUAUAUCAUACAUGCUAUGCAUUGAGUGGUUUGUCUCUCGCACAAAGGAUGAACUUAAUUUAUAAAGCUUUCAAUGGGCAAAACCCAACUUCUUUUGUUGAAUGCCAGAUAUCUGAUAAGAAAUACGUGGAAAAAUGUAUUUCAUAUACUCCUUUCUAUUCAUUAAUAAUUAAUGAAGAAAAUUUAAUUAAUCCAACUGAUCCAUUUCUUAACAUCAGGCCUGAUAAAAUACAAAAGUCUAGACUAAUUCUUAAUAAAUAUCCCCUAGUUUUAACAAUAAAUGGUUGUAUAGGAACGGAAGGAAUGGGUUACAAAGAAUACAUAGAAAAUGUGGGCAUUUCAUGA